AUGAAGGUGCGCACGACAGUAAUGAAAGUCAGUCUGAAGCUGAAGAUAUCACUACGAAAUAGAAAGAUUAGAGGAUAUUUGACCAGUAGACCAACAAUUAUGUCCAAACGUCUGACAUAUCAAGCCUCACAUGUAACUCAUGAUCAACGUGUUUCAUUCUGUAGAAAAAGUUGGUUUCGUGGUUGUACAGUUUGGUUUACUGGUCUCAGUGGAGCUGGUAAAACCACACUGGCAUUCGCUUUAGAAAAAUAUUUAGUCAAUCAAGGCAUAUCAGCCUAUGUGUUAGAUGGUGAUAAUAUUCGUACUGGUUUGAAUAAAAACUUGGGAUUCAGUGAUGAAGAUCGUGUGGAAAAUAUUCGGCGAAUUAGUGAGGUGGCCAAAUUAUUCGCCGAUGCCAAUAACAUUUGUUUGACCAGUUUCAUCAGUCCAUUUGCAAGCGAUCGAAAUUCCGCUCGUACACUACAUGCACAAUACAAAUUGCCAUUUUUCGAAGUUUACCUAGCAACUCCAUUGGAAGUAUGCGAAAAACGUGAUGCGAAAGGACUUUAUAAACUAGCUCGAGCUGGUGAAAUCAAAAAUUUCACUGGUGUAUCUGCAGUCUAUGAAAAUCCAACUAAUCCUGAUUUAAUACUAAACACUGUCACUAACUUAGGAUAG